UACUAUUAUAUUUGUCUUAUUCGAGUCCUGCUAGCAGAUGGUCAACAACAUGCAGAAUCCACAUUUGUUGCACUACUUCACAGCUAUCGUGAUAUUCACUUUGGUUGAAAUUGGUCUCACAAGGGAUUUACGAAAUGUAACAGAACCCAAGAUCCCACCAAUCUGCACCUCACUGAGAGCAACGGGUGGAGAUGAAACAAAGGUAAUCCAAAAUGCACUAGACUCUUGCACCAAAGGGAAAGCUGUUGCAUUAUCGACAGGCACAUUUUAUUCUGGACGUCUGGAAAUACCCUCUGGUGUCGGUCUUGUGGUAGAGAGUGGGGUCGCCUUGAAGGCCAUCCCGAACCCUAAAUUGUACGACAAGGGCAAACACAUCUGCGGCACCUUAAGCAAUAACGGAGGUAACUGCUACCCUUUCAUCUCGAUCGCUGGUGCUAGUGACAGCGGCAUCUACGGUAAAGGAGUUAUCGAUGGUCAAGGAGGCGAGAAACUUAUAGGCACCAACACGAGCUGGUGGGAUCUGAUUCUUGCAUCAGGCGGGGGCAAACACCACAAUAAUCCUCGACUAAUACAAAUCAACCACUCUGAAAACAUAACUGUGUACCAAAUCACCCUGAGGAAUUCCCCGACGAAUCACUUGACCUCCAGCAAUACGAACGGCUUCACGGUGUGGGGCGUCAUGGUGGAGGCACCUGAAAGCGUGGGCAACACAGACGGGAUCGACCCGACUGGAUCACAGAACGUAACGAUCACGCGUUGCCACGUAAGCGUCGGAGACGACAACGUGGCCAUCUCGGCUCUGCGGAACCCGUCGCAGCACAUCUCGGUUCUCGACAGCCACUUCCACCUCGGCAACGGCAUGGCCAUCGGCAGCGGCACACGCCAUGGAGUCAGUGACGUGCUGGUCUCCGGGCUCACUCUCAACCACACCAGGAACGGAGUGACCAUCAAGAGCAACUCGGUUAAUGGUGGUAAUGUGUCCCGCAUCACCUACGAUGACGUGUGUGUGUAUCGUGCUACCAAGCCCAUCAACUUGGACAUGCAUUACAUGAACCGCACUGGUAACAAUGUGAUUGAGUUUCGUGACAUCUCUUUCAAUCACUUCAGGGUGGUCACCAAAGGACGAUUGAAACUGAAUGGUAUUAGCACAUCAAACCAGAUUUCGGUAAAGAUGAAUGACGUACACAUUACUAAAGGUUCUAAGUGGAUUACUAGUUAUGUCAACAUUAGUGGUUCUUGGUCAGAUGAUGCAAAAGGUCUUGUUUGUGGAUAUGCUGGAAAUAAAUAGAUAUAUUCAGUUGAUUUAUUCAUUAAAGCAUUCCAGUUAAUAGCAUUAUGUGAACAAAUAAUGUAUGAAUUGUGUUAUGUUGUAAAUAUAUAUUGAAUACAGAUGUUUUUACUUUUAAAAAUG